GACGGAUCACGGGCGAGCGGACGGGCAGGAGCGGGGGUCUGGUCAGAGGGGCCCGCAAUAGCGAGGACCAUCGGGUUGGACUCGCACGCAACCGUGCUCCAGACUGAGCUAGCUGCCCUAAGGACCUGCGCCAGGAUGAUCUGGAGAGAGGGGACAAGGGCAAAAAGAUAUUCAUCGACUCAGACAGCAGGCGCGCGCAGAGGGCAAUACUCAGGUAUGAGUGUUGCUCUAAGUUAGCGGGUGAAUGCGUUGAGCUGAUGGAGGAAAUUGCCGUAAAUAAUCUGCUUGAGGUGGCUUGGAUUCCGGGCCACGCUGGCAUCAACCUUUCUUGUUGUAAAUUAAAUUUACAAUAAAAAAGAUCUCUUGGCAAAACACUGUAGGGCUAUUGCAUCAUGAGAUAAUUAACAUUUAAACAAUUAGCUUUGGAACGCCAAGGGAGAUGCCCGCGGUUUUCAGAAUCUUGUCUUUUAAUAAAUAAUACUAAUGUAAAUAAUAAUCGGUUUUUAAUCACCCUAGCCCCCCCCCCCUCUCUCUCUCACUCACUAGCGGAAUGGAACGUCCGCCCGAGGAGAAGAGGAAGCACGCACACUACUUACCCGUGGCACACGGACGGAGAGCCGCGCAAUGCUCGCGCCCCAUUGGCCGUUCUUUUCACCCCCAUAUGUCUGCAGGGGUGCGUCCGAGCGAAAAGUGGAAAAGGACUUUUCUGCUCAGAAUCACCCCCAAAACAUGCCUGUUUAGAGUUCGCCUCUACCUGAUCUACACCCUGUAUGCGUUGACAGGCACGGGAUCAAGGGGCUCUAUGAGUUUGCUCGUAGCGCACAGAUGCUCGAUAUCAGCGACUAUACGGCUGCCUAAGGGCAGGGUGUAAAAUGGCCGUGAGGCUGAUUGCACCUCUGGCUUGAACCGUCUAAGAAUAAUAAGUGGAAUAAGUGGAAUAGGUACUGGAGGGGACGCAAUUACUAGGAUAGGUCCCGUCAAGGCAGAGGAGCUUAUUGCAACUUUUUUAUCGGGAUUGACGAGUAAUCUUGUUUCCUUAUACGGUCCUCAGCUCACGUACUUCUUCAAUCCCCACGAUGCCUAUUUUUCAAUAUUAAAAAUUUAACCUAAAACCCAAAUAUCAAACUUAAUAGUUCAAGUUGGCUGAAAUUCGUCCCUCAGAAAUGUUGUGAUAUAAAAUA